AUGUGGGGGUUCUGUAAAAUUGACAAGCAACAAAGAGAAGCACAUUAUGCAAAUAAUUAUCGUCGGCCACGUGAACUCGAUUUCUCUGUUGUUUGUGGCUGUUGGUGCCCCGAAAAAUUACUCACAUGCACUUUCUCUUCGAUUUACUUCAAUGUGAAGGACACCAGACCGCUCCUCGUUGUAUAUAUAAACAAAGGAAAGGUGGGAGUGCCGUUCCUGGUGGCACAACACUUGUCCUCUCAGCAAAUGUUUUGCCGUUCCGUGAAGUGGUUUAGUGUAUUUGACGCUUGUUAUGUUCUUAACCUUGACCGCCGCCAGGACCGCUGGGCACACGUACAGCAGCAGCUGUCCCGGGCGAAGUUAGAGACGUUUCUUCGACCACCGGCGAAGGUUACCCGUGUGAGUGGUGUUGAUGGGCAGGCGCUAGAUGUGGAAGCGCUUCAUCGAAACGGCCUUGUAACAGACGUUGGAUACCAACGGUUCCUGUUGCCGCUUGAGGAAAAGUUGUUUGGUAUGGAUUUAACUCCCGGUGCUAUCGGUUGUGCGUUGGGCCACAGAAAGAUAUGGGAAACUGUUGUUGAGAAGCGUCAUCAGUGUGCAUUGAUUCUGGAAGACGAUGUUGAGUUCCACCACAAGUUUCCCCGACUUUUGAGAGAAGUUUGGCCGCGUGUUCCGAGCGAUUGGGGAAUCGUGCAUCUUGGUGGACUCGACCUGCUCGCUAGUGGGAAACCGCCAAGACCCUUUGUUGAUGUGGGCGUUCGGCAUGCAUACAGCGGACAUCGUGAGCUGACAGCUUACGUUCUUCACCACGUCGCUGCAAAGAGGUGCCUUGAGCACACACUGCCGAUGACGUGGCAAGUGGACACCCAUAUUUGUAGCGUCGUGACGGAAGAUCCGGCGGCACAAGACAGUUACAUUUCUGAUCCCAUGACGUAUGUCUUUCAGCCAUCAUUGGCUAUUCAGAUCACAUCGUUCGGAACUGAUGUGCAGAAGAGGCCGUCAGACAACCCCCCACUCGAAGAUGCAGCGCGGCGUAUGCGAGAGUUUGUAGGAGGGGGGACGUCCGUUCGCUGA